AUGGUUUCUACUACAAGCUCUGAUCGAAAGGGGCAGCCCGAAGACAGGGUUUCCUCUUCACAACACCUCGAGCAACCCACUGACGCCGAACGUCUUGCAGCCACAAAUAGAAUCUUGAACGAUCCUUUAGCAUCAUAUGAUGAGAAUGAAUUAGAAAGACUUGCCGAGGUUUACGCUCGAAAACAUGGGCUCAACGACUCUGUUGACAUUUCCGCAUUCAAGGCCGGAGCAUUACUUGCAAAAGAUUCAGAUAGUGUUAGAGCCAGAAACGAACUUUCUAGGGAUGAGAUAGAAUAUCUGGAGAAAGAAAGGACAAGUAAAUGGUCUCUGCCAUCGCUUUUCAUCAAAGUCAUUUUGCUUUGUUCGGUUUGCGCAGCCGUUCAAGGUGUAGAUGAGAGUGUCGUAAAUGGAGCGCAGAUCUUCUACGCUCGUUUAUUUGGAAUCGAUGAUGAAAAUAGUUCUUUGGACCCAUGGCUAUUAGGUAUCACAAAUGGUGCCCCAUAUCUUGGUUGUGCAAUUGCUGGCUGCUGGCUGACUGUUCCAUUUAACAAUUGGUGGGGGCGUAGAGGCACCAUCUUCGUCACUUGUUUGGUCUCCGCACUGACCUGCUUCUGGCAGGCAUUCACCAACACCUGGUGGCACAUGUUUAUUGCUAGGUUCAUGCUCGGAAUAGGUUUAGGUGCAAAGUCGGCCACUGUACCCGUAUAUGCUUGUGAGACCUCUCCAGCAUCAAUCCGUGGCGCCAUGGCAAUGCAAUGGCAGGUAUUUACUGCUUUUGGUAUUAUGUUAGGUUUUGCUUUUGAUCUAGCCUUCUACUAUGUUACAGAUACGGCACCUAAUAUCCAUGGACUUAAUUGGAGACUAAUGAUGGGAUCUGCCGGAGUUCCUGCUCUCUUCGUUUGUUUCUUUGUUUUCUAUUGCCCCGAAUCGCCUCGCUGGUACAUGAGUAAAGGGAGACACGAAGAAGCAUAUCAAGCAAUGUGCAGAAUCAGACACACUAAGGUCCAGGCGGCACGUGAUGUGUUCCAGAUGCACAUGCUUCUCGAAGCUGAGAAUAACAUGGGUUCCGGACAAAGUCAUAUCAAGCAAUUGUUCACAGUGCCUCGGAUUAGAAGAGCAAUGUUUGCGUCAGAGAUCACAAUGUUUAUGCAGCAGUUCUGUGGCAUCAACGUGAUCGCCUAUUAUUCAUCCGUAAUUUUCGUUGACGCUGGCUUUUCGGAAGUCAGUGCUCUAUGUGCGUCCUUAGGUUUCGGCCUGCUUAACUUCCUCGGUGCGCUUCCUGCAAUUUGGACAAUCGACAAGUUCGGUCGGAGAUGGCUUCUACUAUUUACCUUCCCGCUUAUGUCAGUCUUCCUGUUCAUGACCGGCUGGAGCUUCCUGAUUCCAGAGGGAACUACUCGCAUUGCCAUCGUAGCUCUAGGCAUCUAUCUCUUUUGUUUGGCUUACAGCCCGGGAGCCGGGCCUGUUCCAUUUACAUACUCUGCAGAGGCCUACCCUCUCCAUGUUCGUUCACUAGGAAUGUCCUUGGCAACUGCAACCACUUGGUUCUUCAACUUUGUCCUCGCCAUUACAUGGCCAUCAAUGCUUAGAGCCUUUAAGGCCCAAGGCGCUUUCUCUUUCUACGCCGGUUUCAACGUUGUUGGCUUCUUUCUUACCCUCCUCUUCGUCCCAGAGACUAAAAAUAAAACCUUGGAAGAAUUGGACCAAGUUUUCAACGUUCCUACGAGAAAGCACGCCGCAUAUGGAUGGAGUCAAUUUACUUACCCCAUCAGGCGACAUGUUUUAAGAAUGGAUGUUGAGAGGCCGAAACUUUAUGAGAACCUGGCCCAGGAUAACAAUCAUCAUUACAGUCCUGCCUCGACUAUGAGGGCUAGAGACAGAGGCGACAGUAUUGAAAAGAACGCUUGA